GUGACGCACACAGCAGCUCCGCCCGUUGUGUUGAAGAUGGCCCAUCUGGAACGAAUAUCGAGUAGAUUUUGAUUAAUUUUAAUGAUGUUUCUGCAGUUUGCUGCGUUAUUUAUCUGAUAAAAGUACAGUUUCCAUCUGCUGUGUCGCGAUACGCCGUAAGGCUGCCUUUGCGCCUACAGUUACUUUAAGAAGACUGACCACUUCCUGGCAUGUUUUCGGACAUCAUGGACUACGAGCUGGAGGAAGAUAAACUUGGGAUCCCCACUGUUCCUGGCACAGUGACCUUGAAGAAAGAUGCACAGAACCUGAUUGGGAUCAGCAUAGGAGGAGGCGCACAGUACUGUCCCUGUCUCUAUAUUGUACAGGUGUUUGAUAACACACCGGCAGCACUGGACGGAACGCUGGCAGCAGGAGAUGAGAUCACAGGUGUGAAUGGAAAAACAGUGAAGGGCAAGACUAAAGUGGAAGUGGCCAAGAUGAUCCAGGCUGUGCAGGGUGAAGCUGUGAUUCACUAUAAUAAACUGCAGGCUGACCCCAAACAGGGAAAGUCUCUGGAUAUAGUGCUGAAGAAGGUGAAGCAUCGUCUGGUGGAGAACAUGAGCUCAGGAACAGCAGAUGCACUCGGACUCAGCAGAGCCAUUCUCUGCAAUGAUGGGCUUGUAAAGAGACUGGAAGAACUGGAGAAAACUGCAGAACUUUACAAAGGGUUGAUGGAGCAUAGUAAGAGGUUGCUCAGAGCUUUCUUUGAACUCUCACAGACCCACAGAGCUUUUGGGGACGUUUUCUCUGUUAUUGGAGUAAGAGAGCCGCAGGCUGCAGCGAGCGAGGCCUUUGUCAAAUUCGCAGAAGCUCAUCGUAACAUUGAGAAAUAUGGCAUUCAACUCCUCAAGACCAUAAAACCUAUGCUGCAUGAUUUAAACACUUACCUGCAUAAGGCCAUUCCUGACACCAGGCUGACCAUCCGCAAAUACCUGGACGUCAAGUUUGAGUAUCUGUCAUAUUGUCUGAAGGUAAAGGAGAUGGAUGAUGAGGAGUACAGCUGCAUUGCUUUGGGUGAGCCUCUGUACAGAGUGAGCACAGGAAACUAUGAGUACCGUCUUAUCCUGCGCUGUCGGCAGGAGGCUCGCUCACGCUUUGCUAAAAUGCGCAAAGAUGUCCUGGAGAAGAUCGAGCUACUGGACCAGAAGCAUGUUCAGGACAUCGUGUUCCAGCUGCAGAGGUUUGUGUCCGGGAUGUCCCGUUACUAUGACGAGUGCUAUGCCGUGCUGAAGGAGGCAGACGUGUUCCCCAUUGAGGUAGACCUGUCCCGCACCAUGAUCAACUACAGCAGCCAGAGCCAGUCCUACGAGGAUGAUGAGGAAGAGGAGGAGGAAGAGCGGGAAAAAGGGGAGGGAGGCGGCUCUGCAGGUCAAGCAGAGAAUGGGGCUGAGAAACUAAUAGAUGAUGAAUGAGUGAAGGAAAGAACUGGACAGUGGCUGAGAAUGAAGUGGAGAAACCAAUGAAUAAACCUGUCCUGCUGAAUGAAUGAAUGAAUGAAUGAAUGAAUGAAUGAAUGAAUGAGUGUGUGAAUUAACAGCUAAGUCAGUGAGUAAGUGUGUCUCAGUGUGGAGAAACACAAUGUAUGAAUGGUGUAGAUCGUUGUGGAGGGAAAUGCUUGAGUGAAUGUGUGAAAAACAACACUGUUGUUACAAAGAGAUACAGUCGUCUUUAUUUGUACUUCUUUGGCAAAAUCACAGCAGAUCUUUUAUUUUCAAUUAGCGUAGUUACUCAGUUCUUUGUAGAAUGAUACAUUUUAAACUGCCUCAUAAAAUCAACACCCAAGGGACUAUCUUAGAUUUUCACUAUACAUAUUUAACUUCUCUGAGCAUCUUUCUUCAAUCUGUUUUGUAGUUGGAUUUGAGUUGGAUUUAUCUCCCUUGGGCCACAAAUUCUAUGGAUGAGUGAAAAUGUUUUGAUCAAUAUUGCCCAUCAAGUACAAAUCAACAGAGAUUGAUUGUGUAUGACUGAACAGUUGAGGAUUUCCUCAAGUGGUUUGGGUGCCUUGAGUCCUAGAUUUCACUGCAUUACAUAUUCGAGUGAAACUGCAGUAGUGAGUUCACUCAUUGUUAGCUAAUCAUAUUUGACGGUCAUGAUUUGCAUGGUUAUCUGAAAUAAUUGGUAAUUAAGACAUUUCUUUUUGUUGCUGAAUUCAGAAGUUGAUUUUGUCAUUGAAAGAUAGACUUUCUUUGCACACACUAUGCAGAUAGCAGUGCAUUCUGGACCAGACCAAUGGCUUUCAGUUCCAAAAUUGUUCAGAUUUGUUCAGUUUUAAUGGCUACAUUUUUGUUUUCUUUGGAAGUGAAACGUUUUGAUUCCGUUUUUGUGGUUCCUCUACUCACUGUGGCAGAGUAGCUGUCUACAACAGGCUUGCACUAUCCAACUCCUGGACAUCUACUGGCCCACAGAGUUUAUUUCCAAUUCCUAAUGAAGUAUGUAGCUAAGUAUGUUCGGUUCAGGUUGGAGUUCAUGUUAAAAUCCAGUUACAUUUUGUAGGAAGGCUGUUUGGAUAAACAGCUGUGAUCUUGUAAACUGAAACAUACUCUAUUUAAAAUUGAAGGGAUGUGUAUUUAUCUGCAUUUAUUUAUUUGAUUAUUAUGAUGUUUAACACUUUGUUGAAGAGGACCUAAAAAGUGAAAAGUUACUAAAGCAGUCAGCUGCUGUGCUAAACUGUUUGACUGGAUAGCUUUAUUUAAAAAAAACCCUUAGUUAAUGAACACUGGAGAAGUUUGAACCUUUGUCUAUGUAAUGAAUUUCUCUGUUAUUUUUACACUGGUUUAUUCUCUUUCUGUUUGGGGUGCUUUGAAAAUGUGUGGGAUUCAGCCUCUAUUCAGCCUUUUGUGUGUCUGUGAAUGUUACAGAGACAUUACCAUGGUGGGAAAAUGUACUACAGAUUUAUGUAACUUCAGAAAGUAUAUUAAAAAUACAUUAAAAAUAUUUGUUGCAAACAAAAAA